AUGACGGAGCCCUCUUCCUCCUUCACGAAGCUCGUCCGGCGCGACGUGGGCAGCUCGCUCAUCUUCCUCGCCGAGGGCUACGCGGCGCACGAGCGCGACGCCUUCCUCGGCGACGUGCGGCGAUUAUAUGAUGAGGUGCUGGGCUCGCCCGACGCGCCGCUGCGCCACGUGAGCGCCUUCUUCUCCGUCGACGCCAUCUUCGUGCCGUCGGCGACGAGCGGCGUGCCGCGACUAGCGACGCGCGGCGCGAAGCGCGGCGGCACGGCCUUUGGCCUCUACCGGGACGCGGCGCAACCGCUGCGCCUCGUCGAGCCGAGCCGCUGGUCCUACGACGAGGCGCGGGAGCGCUGCGGCGCGCUGCACGAGCGGCCGGCCCUCUGCGACCGCGGGAGCGCCGCGACGCUCGUGCUGCUGGCCAACGACCCCUACUACGGCGGCCUCGGCGACGACGUCAUCAUCGCGACGGCGUCGAAGACGUCGGGCGCGCUCGCGCUGCGCCACGAGCUCGGCCACGUGCUCGGCGACGUCGGCGAGGAGUACGACGGCGGCGCGGACUACAGCGGGCCCAACUUUUCGUUGAGCGCCGCGCCCUGCGGGCCCGGCGCGGCGCCGCGGACGUACGAGACGACCGUCGACGGGAUCGCGGCCACCCGCACGAUCUGGCCCUGCGCGCCCUGGCUCGAGCGCAACGCGUCCGUCGCGGGGCGCACGGCGCUGGCGCUCGCGGCCUGGCCCUUCGCGGCGCUGCGCGUCGGCGAGAACCGCACGUUCUCCUUCGCGAGCGACCUGGACUUCGCGAAGCUCGAGUUCUCCGUGUCCGGCGGCGUCGGCGUCGACGCCUACGUCGACGGCGUGAGGGCCGACGUCGCCUACAAGACGCCGCCGACCGCGGACCGGCGCUUCGCCGAGGCGCGCGUCGCGCUCGGCCGGCGGCGACGCCACGCCGUGACCCUGUCGGCGACGGAGACCGCGCGCGCGGCCGCCGCGGCGCCCUGGCACCCGGAGCAGAUGGUCUGCCACGUCCAGGUCCACGCCAUGGACGCGCGCGCGUUCCGCGCGCCGCCGCCGGCCGUCGGCGCCUUCGCGACGUACGACGACCGGGGGCGGCUCGUCGGGUACCGGCCGACGGUCGACGGCUGCUGCAUGCGCGACGUCGCCAAGGCCUGCUUCUGCCCCGUCUGCCGCGAUCUGCUGCUGCGCCGCGUCGUCGCCCGCGCCGGCGGCCUCUUCGGCCGCCGGGGCUCGGGCCUCGCGCCGACGGUGGCCGAGGGCGCGGCGACGCGCUGGUUCCGGCAGGACCUGCCCGGCGGCGCCUACGCCGAGGACGACCCGGCGGCCCGGCGGCCGGGCUGCUGGCGCGUCGUCGCGACGCUCGCGUCGCCGGCCGCGCGCGGGCCGCUCGACGUCUUCGAGUCGUCCGCGACCGUGGCGGUGGACGCGCCCUGGUGCGUCGAGGCGAGGCGCGACGGCUGGCGGCGAUCGCCGGACGUCCCGCCGGCCGACCGCGCGCCCGCCGCGCCCGUCGCGCUCGCCGCCGGCGCGGCGCUCGCCGCCGCCGUCGUGCUGCGCCCCCUGCUCCGACGCAAGCGGCGGAAGGACCCGGAGACGCACAUCGUGUAA